AUGACUGUAGCAGCUGAACGAAUAGAGCGGAAUUUUCGAAGACGUUCAUCAUUUAUCCACGAACAACGGCGUGAAAGACAUGAAACCCUUGCACCAUUGGAAGAAGUCAUCGUCGAUGUUGUUGACGGGAAACCAAAUCCGCGCUCUCCUCGGUAUAAGUCCGUUAGCGUCUGUCUGCCGUUGAUCUCACUAACACCAGCGGAUCGUACCGACAAUGUUUUCGAUAUGACGCGUCCCACGGUUCACAGGUGUGAAGGCUCGUCACGUUUUGUCGUAGAGCCGAGCUGCCACCCGGAUCUCCUUGACCCUAUGGAUUUACAAAGCAUAAGCUCCAGAUUGCGAGGUUUGUCGGGAUCUGAAGUCUUCCAUGAACCUCCCCAGAUGUAUGUAUAUCGUGAACGACCUGCUCCGGUUGUAUACACAAAUCGCAAACCAACCGACAUAGAUGCCUGUACUGCCUUCAUCAAGAAGCGCAAACAUACAUUAUGUGCAUGGACAUUCGGCAUUGUGGCUCUUAGUUUGAUAACAACCGUUAUAGUGCUACAGGCGACGGGUGUUCUGGGCUGA